AUGGAAACUGAAGAUGGUUGCUCCCAUGUUGUUGAUGAACAAAUAUCUCAGUUAGAUAACUUAGUUGUGCCAAUUGUUGAUGAACACUUAAAACCAAAACUAGGAAUGACUUUCGGCAAUUUAGAAGACGCUGAAAAAUUCUACAAAAAUUACGGAAAGGCCGGAGACAAAAACAUUGGCAAAUGGAGUGUCUACAAGUUCGUGGAAGAACAUAAUCAUACAAUUACUUCGCCGAGUAGAACACAUUUUCUAAGGGGAAACCGUGAGGUAACAAGUGCAAAAAAGACAUUGAUAAAGCAGUUUGGAGAGGUGAACAUUCCAACAAACAAGCAAAUGGCCUACUUUGAAAACGCUAGCGGAGGUUUUCAUAGAGUUGGAUGCAUUGAGACCGAUGUGAGAAAUUAUGAAAGAUAUUUGAGAGAGGAGAGGCGCAGUCAUGAUGCACAAAUGAUGUUGGAUCAUUUCAAGUCGGAACAAGAGAAGAAUCCUUCAUUUUAUUAUGUUUAUGAAGUUGAUGAAGAGAAGCGCUUAACUCAUUGUUUUUGGGUGGAUGGCAUUGCUCGAAUGAAUUAUCAACACUUUGGCGAUGUUGUCUCCUUCGAUGCCACGCAUAACACAAAUCAAUAUGGCUUGGUAUUUGUGCCGUUUGUAGGAGUAAAUCACCAUUGCCAAAGUGUUUUUUUAGGAUGUGGCUUUAUUCCAAACGAAGAGGCAAAGUCUUUUGUAUGGUUGUUUAACAAAUGGAUUGAAGCAAUGGGUCAUCCUCCUUCGGGCAUGAUUACAGAUCAAUGUCUUGGCAUAUGCAAGGCAAUUGAAACAGUUUUUCCAGAAAUUCGGCACAGGUUUUGCAUUUGGCAUAUCUUGGACAAAGUCCCGGAGAAGUUGGGUAAAUGGGCUUAUAGUACAGAAUUUAUGAAAUCUUUCAAAGAAAUUAUUUGGGACUCCGAGACUGCUAGCUCUUUUGAAGAGAAUUGGGUUUUUUGGGCUGGAAUGUCUAGCAGUCAAAGAAGUGAAGGGAUGAAUGCAUUGCUAAAAAUGCAUGUAUCAAGGAAGAAUUCACUUCAUGAUUUCGUGACCAUCUUUCAGAGGGUCUUGGCGAGACAAAGAGAGGGGGAGCUUAAAGAAGAUCAUUGCACAGUAGAGAAAAAGCCAAAAUUAAAGACUUUAUGGUCAAUGGAAAAACAAAUGGCCCAAAUCUACACGAAAAAAAUCUUUUAUAUUUUUCAAGACGAGCUUCAACCUAGCUUAAUGUAUAACAUUGAGCUAGUAAAAGAAAAUGAAAGAGAAAGUACUUUCCAUUUGAAUUUUUGUGGUCAUGAUGAAAGAUUGAGACAUAUUAUAUAUUGCAAAACAACUAAAAUGGUCCGUUGUUCGUGUCUCAUGUUUGAAUUCAAGGGCAUUCCAUGCUGA